UUGGCUAGUGGAAAAAAACGCAAGCCUGCGUGGUGUGACAGGAUUCUCUGGAGAGUGAAGCCCAAGUCCUCACUGUCAGAGGACGCUAAUGAAGAUGGUCAAAAUCAAGAGGAUCCAAAGAAACAACUGGAGGAGCAACAUAAAGACGAGUUCCCUCUAAAACUGAGCCAGGAGUUUUACACAAGUAAACUGGAGUACGGCAUCAGCGACCAUAAGCCCGUCAUCGGCAUCUUCCGCUUGGAGUUGAGAAAGAUAUACGAAACGCCAUUGGUGCAGGUGUGCGCUGAGGGAGAAUGGAGUGCCGACUUUGACGCCCUCAUAGCCUACAGCCUUCUCCAGUCCUUUCCCUCCAGUGCCUGGGACUGGAUCGGUUUAUAUAAGGUUGGUUUUAAAAGCGUUUCAGACUAUAUCACGUACACCUGGGUGAAGGAUGACCAGGUGUCUUUCACUGAUGAGCUCUUUCAAGUUUAUGUGAACAAAGAUGAAAUUCCUGCUCUUGGGGGAGAAUGUGUGCUGUGCUAUUACAGCAGCAACUUGCAGUGCAUUGUGGGUAUUAGUCAACCUUUUAAGGUGCAGGAAUCCAGAGCGGCGAUUGAAGAGGGUUUAGUGCCUGAAAAUAUCAACGGACUAGAUGAAACAGUAGCCAGUUAAGACCAGGUUUAAAGUGCACGUUGGUUUAUACGCUGUCAUAUGCAGCUCAGAUGUCAAACCAAACAUACCUGCGAAUUCAAGCAAGUGCAAUUUUAAUCC